GACAUUGAUGUUUUGAAAAACCAAAGGAAAUCAUAUCAAAUCAAAACAAAGAUGGUUUAAGUUUUACGUUUAUUUUAUUGUGUUUCUAAUUAAGUCUAAAUACCUAAUUUAUGUAAAAUGGCAUCCGUAAAGGUAGCAGUAAGGGUGAGACCUUUUAAUCAAAGAGAACUUGACAUGGAUGCUCAAUUAAUCAUACAGAUGAAAGAAAAAACCACUGGAAUUUUGAAUUGCAAGGCAAAUGCAAGAGACGAGAACAUUCGAUAUAAGGAAUUUACAUUUGACUAUUCUUACUGGUCGCAUGAUUCUAAUUCUGACAAUUUUGCAUCUCAGGAACUAGUUUACAAUGAUCUAGGAAAAGAAGUUAUAGAUUGUGCUUUUGAAGGCUACAAUGCUUGUGUUUUUGCUUAUGGACAAACUGGCAGUGGAAAAACUUUUACUAUGAUGGGAUCACCUGAAAACCAAGGUCUCAUUCCACGAAUUUGUAAAGCUCUCUUUGAAAAAAUGUCGGAAAAUUCGAAAAGAGGGACUACGCAUAGAGUUCAAGUCAGUUAUUUAGAAAUUUAUCAGGAAAGAGUAGCUGAUUUGCUCAGAGGUCGAGACAACAAUUCACUCAAAGUUAGGGAACAUCCUAAGAAGGGACCAUACGUUCAGGGAUUAACAACUUGUCUAGUGACCAAUUAUGGACAUAUUCAAGAGUGUAUGGAGAGGGGGAAUUCUCAUAGGACAACUGCAGCUACAAAUAUGAAUGACGUCAGUAGCAGAAGUCAUGCAAUAUUUACUAUUACCUUUGUGCAAGCCGGAUAUUGUGAUGGAGUACCCAGUGAAACAGUAUCAAAAAUUCAUCUCGUAGAUUUAGCAGGUAGUGAGCGAGCAGAUGCAACAGGUGCUACUGGGCAGAGACUUAAAGAAGGAGCUCAUAUCAAUAAAUCGUUGGUUACAUUAGGUUCUGUGAUAUCUGCUUUAGCGGAGUUGUCAAUGGAGCAAAAUGGUCAAAAGAAAGCUAUUUUUAUACCCUAUAGAGACUCCGUCCUUACAUGGCUCUUGAAAGAUAGUCUCGGUGGGAAUUCCAAAACUAUUAUGAUUGCUGCUAUCAGUCCUGCAGAUUGUAAUUAUGGUGAAACGUUAAGUACACUUAGGUACGCAAAUAGAGCUAAGAAUAUUAUUAACAAACCUACGGUCAACGAAGAUCCUAACGUUAAAUUAAUUAGAGAAUUAAGAGACGAAAUCAGUAAACUCAGGGCAAUAAUGUUUUGUGAACAACGAAGUGAUAUGUUAGCGCAACUACAAGAAAAAGAAGCCCGAGAAAAAGAAUUGACAGAAGAAUGGACUGGAAAAUGGAGAGAAGCACAAGCUAUUCUUAGGGAGCAGAGAGCACUUGGCUUAAGAAAAGCCGGUCCUGGAGUUGUUUUAGAUUCUGACAGGCCGCAUUUGGUAGCAAUUGAUGACGAUCCCUUGACUACUGGCGUUACUCUUUACCAUCUCAAGGAAGGAAAAACUACAAUCGGGACAGAGGAAUCUGACGUUAAACAAGACAUUGAAUUAAGGGGUGCUGGAAUGGAACCACAGCAUUGCACCAUAACCUUCGAAAAUGGCGUGGCGACAUUAAUUCCUCACCUAGGAGCGCAAGUGAUGCUUAAUAAUACUCUAUUGGAAUCUCCCGCUAGACUUUCUCAAGGAUGUAUAAUUUUCAUUGGAAAGGCACAUGUUUUCAGAUUCAACGAUCCGGCCGAGGCAGCAGAGUUAAGAAAAGGCGAGAAAACACAUAAUUUGUCCAGACUUAGUCUUUUAAGUUGGUCUACUCCAGAUUUGGCUGUAUCAAUGGAAAAUCUACAAUUAAUGAAUGCGGACGAUGAUAAGAACGAGGUAAAAAUAGAAAUAGAAAAUCAGCGGCUGAAUUUCGAAAAAGAAAAGGUGCAGUUUGAAAAGGAGCAAGUUGCCUUUGAAAGAAAACAAGAAAUAUUCGAAAAAAGGAAAAAGAGUUUAGAGGAAGCUCAAGCGAAGUUAGAGGCGGAGAAAAUGAUGGUGAAAAAAGAAUUUGAGGAGCAGACUCGGCAAUUGCAAGACGAUUGGCGAAAUCUAGCGACCCAGCAACGGCAGAAAGAAUUAGAAUUAGAAGAGAAGGAAAAGGAUCUUAUAUUCAAACGAGAGAAGUUGGAGAGGGAUAGAAAGACUAUAUUAUCAGAGAUAGAAAACGAAUGUGCGAACCUGCAAGAUGUUAAAAGUGACAUUUUAGUUAAGUUAGCGAGUACUUGUGAUGUAGUUGCUUCAAAUGCUAACGAAAUAUUAUUCCCAAACGCCAAGGCUAAGUCUGUAUUUCAGGAUCUGGUUACAAAAUCAAAACAGGUUACUUUACUACCUCAAGAAAAUGACCAACUUGUAGAAAUAUUCAAUAGUGUUUCGGGAUCUUCUAUUAUUAAAGAUAUCGUUGACAAACACCGGAAAGAAUUGGCAGAACUUCAAGCUGAACUAAAUAGACGGGUAAAGACUUUAUGCGAACGACAAAAAAGUGUACAAUUAUUGGAUAAAAAAAUUGUCGAUCUAGUUGAUGAACAAAAGUCUUUGUCGAAGGAUGAAAACAAAACCGAAGAAUUGGAAAAUUUGAAACAAGAAUUAUGUAAAAGAACCGAAGAGGAAUUAAAAAAGAUAGAAGAAAAGAAACAAGGACUUACUCUUAAUUUAAAAAGAGUAAACUCCGUUGAAAGUCCCGAUUCGUGUGAAGUCAAUUAUACCAGUAGUCCGGAAGUUAUUCCAGAUACUUUAAGUAGUGAUACCUAUCACACCGCUCCAAACACAUGUUCUCCUCGCUUUUCGGACACGAAAUUGGAUGCCCUUAUGAGCGAUAGUGGUGUAGAAUUAAGGUCUUCUUCUCGACCCCAAGACGACAGCGAUCUCUCUAGUAAUGAAGAUAAGGUGGUGGUUAGUGACUCACAGUCAACUAGUUCAAUAGAAAAUAGAUCGCCGUCGAAUAAGAAAAAUAAACGAAGGGAAACGGAAAUGUGCUUGAGAAGACUCGCCCAAAGAAUAACACAGCAAAAACUUCUUAUCAUGAGAAAUUUGGAUGGAAAUUGUUUGAAAGUACAUAUAGAUAAUCAAAUCGCAGUAUUACAAGAACUGCAGCGCCAAUAUAUGUCUUUAAAGUUUGGGUGUACUUCAGCUCUAUCUCCAACAUCUGAACAUCCUCUGCAAGAUAUUGAUAGUCCUAGUCCUAUUAGGCCGUUACAUACUGGGUCUACGUCAGCUUUAUACUCUCCGUCGUUACAGGGUCAUCAACGAUUAUCACCAUUAAAUCAAAAUUUGUACAGAUCAAUGCCUUCCAUUAAUGUUGAUACCGACCAUGACGCCAUAGUCUCAAUAACAAGCUUUUGUUUAAGAGGAGCUGGUAGUAAAACACAUUAUGAAUAUGAAGUUAGAAUAAAUGCAGUCGACGAAAGGUGGACUAUUUUAAGGCGAUAUAGUAGAUUUAGAGAUUUGCAUAUAGCAAUGAAAGCUCGGUAUAGAGAUAAGGUCUCAAACAUCCCUUUUCCUUCUAAAACUCUGUUCUCGAACACAGAGGCAGUAGCUCAGUCUCGAAAACGGCAGCUCGAGUUAUAUUUAAGAAGAUUAAUAGAUACGUGCAAAAACCAUCCAUCGUGUCCAUUGGCCUACGGAGGGCCUGUGACCAAAGUUGCCUUGAUAAACUUCUCACCUUUCUUCCGAAAAGGACUUUUCGAAAACGGAAAAUACGGCACCUCAUGAUCAAAGGUUCCAAGUAAGAUGUUAGUAAUUUAUUGUACAUUGGAUCCAAUGUCGUUGUUUAUUCAAUUUUAUUUUUUUAUUGUUGUUUCGUUCCAUGUAAAUAUUUUAUUAGUUGUAGAUUUUAUUCAGUUUUAUUUAGAGCAAAGCUCUUCUAUUUAUUUCACUAUGGCUGCAGAUUAAAUUACUCUUGUGCCGUUGAAACGAAAUUAAAGCUGUUGGGAAAAGAAGCAACACUAGUAAAAUUGUUUUAACUGAAUUUUUAAAAUUUCAAUGUCAAAAUGUCUAUAGAGUGCGCUAAUAACCGGCAAAAUAACGUAAAAAACGGAAAACCUAAUACGUUGUGCAAUAAAAAGAGAUGAAAAUAGUAAAGGUGAGAAAUUAUCAAUAGAAACCGAUAAAUCUACAUUAUGUUGAUAGUUUCCUACCUUUACACGUAUCAGAAAAGUUUGGCAACCGCCACUGUGGCAGGAGAAUUUUAUAAAAUUCUCCUGUGACAGUUUGACCACAAAUUUUUAAUUAUUUUAUUAUUUCAUCAUUUCGAAUACUUUCUCUCUCAUACAUCGAUUAUAAUACUGCGCAUAGACGCCAUCAAACCACCGGCACCUUUAGAAUAUGUGCACUGUUAGGUGUCUGAUGCUAAUUAAAAUAUCUAAAUACGACAUUGUUUAUUUUAAUUUUUGUGACAAUUUUCCCGUAAGCUUUCUUUCGUUGAGCACGGUACUUUGUAAGGAAACCAUCUUUUAUAAUUAUGGUGGCUAAAUAGUUAAAUUUGGUCAAUUGCAGUUAGUAAUUUGCGUAUUUGGCACAGGUGUGAAUUUUGACCAAAUAUCGAUAUUUAACGAAAUAAAUAACUUAAAUAUUGUUUUAGAGGAGCAAAAUUGUACAUAACUAGCGUCACGAACAAUCUAAUACCACUUCAUAACAGUUUCUUCAAAAUCUUUGGCCAAAACAGAUCAUUUUUUCGAGGAACUAGCCAUAGCUCAUAAUAACUAUUUAUAGUCUAAGAUCUUAGUGCAGAAUCUCUACUUUUAUAAGUUAGUUAAUUAAAAUCACAUUUUUAUAUAAAUUUAAGAAAUUGAUAACAGGUUGCCUGUCAAAAGUGGCCGCAAAUAGUUUUAAUUUUAUUAAGAGUAACUCAUUUUUGAAAAAAAAUUCGUUCGUGACGUAGAUGCAUGUUUUUUAUAUCAAAUUAAACCUAUUUUUUCUAAUACGAUGAUAUAAGGUUGCCUGUGAAAAAAUGCCCACAAAUUAGGGUUGCCAGCCCGUAAAAAUGCUAGUUAUCAGAGAUAGGCCACGUUCACAUGACAAGCGCUUAACGCGCUUUUUGAUAACGCCUGAUUACAACUACACAUUUGACAUACAUUUUAUUCAGGAAAUUCAUUGCUAACACGUGUCACUUGACAAUUCACAAAUUGUCUAAUAUAUAUUAUUAGUAUAUGGUCAUAUAUGGUCAAAUCUAAUUUGGAUUUAAAAAUAUACUCGUAUAAGUAAAAAAUGAUUAUUUCUCGACCUAUAAUAAAAAGAGAUAAUUAUACUUUAAACCACUCAUACGAAAUUUCAUGUAAUUAUCAAGGGAAACAAGUGAAAAAUGUUUACAUUUUCUUGCCCGCUUAUAUUUGUCCACCUAGCGGACGACACCCGUCCUAAACUGUAAAAAAAUUUGUUUCACUUAUUCAGCCCUAUUCUGUAACUUUUAACAAAUCGAACAGAAAUGACCAAGUCGAAACUACCCGAAAUCGAAACGUUGGAUAUCUAUCUCGUCGUUUUCGUGUUUGACACUCUGUAAUUCACUUCGUAAAUCGAAAAUGCCAACUUCUAUUUGACGCGCUCAGGAGGUAGUGGCAACCCCGCACAGAAAAGUGAAAUAAGUGUUCUGUGACGUUAAGUUACUGGAAAGAAUUCAUCAAAAAAAGAAGAAAUUUUUGUUUGUUUUGGUUAAGUUUGACAAAUUCAACACAAGAAUAAAAAAUGAAAAGCGGAACACCAAAGAAAAAAACAUCUGCUGAGUAUUUAAAUUACAUAGUAGACUUUAUCUCUAAAAAUAAAAUAUUAUUGCACGGUAAAAGUAAGUUUUUCCCCUAAGAAAAAUUUUUAUUUUUUAACUAAGUCGAUACUUUUCGAGUUAUUUGCGAGUUAAAUGUUAAUUUAUCAACAAAAAAAAUCGCGAUUUCAGGCCGUUUUUUCCAAAUAACUCGAGAAGUAAGUAUUUUAUCGAAAAACAAUGUCUUGGUGAACAUGUAGCUUAUAAAAAAACGGAAAAAUGGUAUAGUCUAUAGACCCAAUAAAAGCAAAUUUGUAGCUCAUGAAACCUACGUUCUUAUUCGUCAAAUUCCAAAUCGAAUAUUUCAACAUUAAAUAUCCAAAAAAUGAAGCACUUUUCGGGGAAAACUCAUGUGUUUAAAAAAAGCUUUAUUUCUAUUUUUAUAAGUUCUAGCAUCAAACCUAAGCGAGUUAAGCUCGAAAUAAAGUUGGCUUUUUUUAUAAAAGAAAUCGUGAAAAUCUCUUCCUAUUUAGCACCCCAAAUAAAAUUAAUCGUUACCGUUAACACUUUAAACCGCCCGAAAACAUGUUUUUUGUUGAAAAGUAAACAUUUUCACUCGCAAAUAACUCAAAAAGUAUUGUCUUAAUUAAGAAACUCUAUGGAACAAAAGUUGCUUAGUAUUAGUGAGUUUAUCCAUUUCCAGACAUAUUUUAAACGUAUGCUUUUUCACCCCCGAGACGGGGUCACUUUCACUCCCAAAUAAAAGCAACCAACGGCACAAAUCCAACUUUAAGGUAAGUGGAGGGUAAGAUUAAUCUAAAUGCAAAUUUUCAUGCAAUUCGGUGGCGACACUGAAAAUUACACGGUAUCACCGUUUUCAUAUUCAUUUACUGGGCUACGUAUUUUACUCCUCUAAAUCAAUGUUCAUAAAAUGUUAUUAUUAUCUGGGAUUAAUAGCUAAGUACAACUUACACGCUAACGCUUAUUAUUUUGUUAUAUCCAUUAUUUAUUAAUCAUCAUAACGUAUUUGUAUAAAUCGAAACUAAAUCAAUGAAAAUUGUGUAGAUAUUUAUAUUUUUUACUGUAAGGAAUUGUUAACUCAAAUGUUGAUAUCUUCUAAUCAUUAAGAUAAUUUUACACAGACCUUUAUAUCUUCGAUAUUAGUUGAAUGAGUUUGUAUGGUAGUGCCGAAAUAUAAUGGCAUACAGAUUCGGCGAAAAAAAAACGGAGCAUAGAAAUUACAUCUAGUUGGGCUUAAUCCGCUUCAAGCAGUUGGCCAACAAAAGGUUUUCAAUGAAUUAUAUUACAAAAAUCAAAUGCUUAAGUGUACUGCUUGAUUCUGAACUAUUUCCAAACAAAUAGGUUGCCUCUCUCGCGACGAGGGAUGCCAUAGCCAAACAACUUUUGGUUAUAACAGCUCAUCUUUAUUUAAAAUAAUAUUUAUUACAGUCAAUUGUGGCUUAAUCCUAUAUAAACAUAAUAUUCAACUGAUAAAAUUCUUAAUAUAUUUUUUAAAGUUGUAACUUGCCAAUAAAUUUUGACGAAUUGUAAAUAAUAAAAGAAAUCACACUGUUGAUAAGUGGUCAGCAAGAUAUAAGGGUCUGAAAUAAAAUUUAUAAAGCAUGUUGCUUCGUGUCCAUAAUCAUCAAAAAGUAUAUUUACAGUGUAAGCAAUUAUAAUAUUUUCUUAUAGAUUAAUGUAAAGUCCUUUUAAUAUUCCCUGUGUUUUAAGACAGUUGUAUUAUUAAUUAAAUUGUUUCAUAAUUGUCUUUAAAGGUUAUAUAUUUUAUAGUAAUGUAUGCAAGAAGUCAAAAAAGUAAUUGCAUGAGAAAAAUGUAUCAUCAUACUUUCUACGUUCAUGCAAAAACCAAAAAUCUUUUAAUUGCCAAUAAAAAGCGUAAUCUAAAGUUUGUACAAAUGUACAAGUUCUGCUAUUUUUAAUAUCAGUAUUUCGUAGUGAAUUAUUUUAAAUUUUCUUGAUUUGUUACUUCUCUAAAGGCUCUAAUACUUGUUACCUUGGGAUUUAUUUAACAGAUGACAUAAAGUUAAAAGAGGGUCUGCGACAGCGAUGUAUACUGCUCCCAUUAUUAUUAUUCAAUAUAUUAUAUUCAGAGCAAAUUAUGAACCUAGGGCUAACUGAUAUAGACGAGAGAAGUUCAGUCGUUCUAUAAUUGUGGUGUGUUGUGUCAAGGAAUACGCAUUUCAAUCCUUCAGCAAAACUCACAAUCCAAGCAUACAAAACACUGUAUUAAUGUUGUUCUGAAGCUACUUCCUUGUGUCAUUUUUAUAAUUAACUAUUUAGAUGGGAAAUAAGCCACAAUUAAAUUGAAAAAAUAUUUUUAUUAACGUUUCGACGCCCACAUCGGGUGUCGUUGUCAAAAUACAAAAUACUACUAGAUUAAACAAAAAUGUUGUUGCUUAGUAAAAAAUUCUUCUAAUAAUUUUUUUAAUCUGACUCAUUUAUAUCAGCAAUUCAGACAUAUAUUGUACAUUUUAAAGCAGAGGACUUUAAAAUAAUAUUGCCAAUAUUUAUGAGUUGCGUUCCUGGGACGACUUUACUGAAAGAUAGUUCAUUCGAUUACAUGAAAUCAACCCCAACCCAAGAAUAUCCGUCACAAAAAUAUCAUAGCAUGUGAUCUGUCUUUAAAAACACAACCAAAUGCAACGGUGACAGUAAAAUUCUCGUGUUAGAGAUUCCAUAGUAAAUCACGAGGGAAAACCAGGAAAAACCUCGUGAUACUAUUCCGACAUCGUAAGUAUUUGGUCUUACAUUUAAUUUACUCUCAAAACUAAUACCAAAUUCUGACUUUAAUAUAAUAUAUGGAGUUUAAAUUAUAAAUAAUAUUAAUAAUAGAUAUAUAAGUAAUACUAAAAUAUAAAAUAUGUACUAACUCGAUAUGUUAUUGACUUACUAAUCGUGGUAUUUUCUUUCUAUUGACUUCCUCUUUCAGUAUGGGUAACCACAUCCUACUGCAUUCUACCGAGGAAUUUGCGACACAAUUGGUUUCAUUUAGCAUAAUUAGAGCCGCUUUUUUGAUUUUUCUCUUUUUACUAUCUGUUUCUUUCAGGACUAUACUUGAAUCUCUCCAUUGAACUCUAUGUUAGUUAUCCCAUGCGUGUUGACAUAUUUGAGAUCUAUCAAAUUCUCUAUUUUUAAUAUAUUAUAAUCUAGAUCUAGAUCUCUAUCUUUAAAAUAAGACUGAUGUUCACUUAUUCAAAUUUUGAAUGAUAUUGAUGUUCCACCUAACUAAAAAUGUUCGCAUUCACAAGGUAUUUUAUAAAUAAUUCUUUGUUCUUUCUUGUUCAUUAUUAGGUUUAGUUUUAGAUAAAAUAGAUCUCAAUGUAUUUGUCGUUUUGAAUGUUUUUGAAAUGUUGAAUUUAUUCCCUAUUGUUGUCUCGGAUAGUCCUUUUAUUUAAUAUAUGGUAUUGAUAUUUUCCUCGUAUUAUUUCUUGUGAAUGUUAUUGGAUCCCGUUAUAAGUUGUUCUGUUCAAUUCCAUUAAAUAUUCACAAUUCCUUAUUUAUAAACGACAAAUAAAAUGUCGUGCUAUGAUUCAAAUGACAUGCUAUGUACAUGCAAGACAAAUCACUUGCUAUGAUUUUUCUGACGGAUAUUUUUGAGUUGAUUUCAUGUAAUCGAAUGAACUAUCUUCCAAUAAAAUCGUCCCAGGAACGUCCCAUAAAUAUUGACAAUAUCAUUUUAAAGUCGUCUACUUUAAAAUGUAUAAAAAUUGUCAAUAUGAACGAGUCAGAUUAAAUUAAAUUAUUAGAAGAAUUUUUUUACCAAGCAAUAUAAACAAAAUUUGUUUUAAUUUAUUUAUAUAUUUUGUAUUGCGAUAACGACCUCCGAAGUGAAAGUCAAAACGUCAAUAAAAUCAUGUUUCAACUUAGAUUGUGGCUUAUUUACCAAUUAGAAUAGUAAAUUACAUAAAUGCCACCAAGAAAUAGCUUCAGAACAAUAUUAAGAAUCAAUAAAGUUUUAUUGUUUGUAUGAAUGUAGGAAAAAGUAGUUUUAAUAUUACCGAAUUCAACACUAAUACCGAUUCAAUACUAAUAAGUUUACUUCGUUUUUAUAUUGAUUUAAAUUUUCUCCCAAAUAUGGAAAUUUUAUAAAUUCUAUUCUAAAUGAGAAUUGUUAUAGUUUCUUGUACUGUAUCUUUUGAAAGUGCAAGCUCAGUGCAUAUCUAUAGUUGACAAGUAGUUUAGAGUGAAGGGUUAUUUUGGUUGCACAUAUAUUUAUUUUCAUUUGUUUAUUGUUUAGUUUUUAACAUAAUUAUUCUCAUAGUGGUUUAAUUAAUUAGAAAUUCAUAGUUCUCGAAAAUUAAAAUUCGAAAACAUUUUAAAAAAUGACAAUUUUUUAUUUGAAUUAUUUUUGAAAAUAUUAAGAUGCAUUACGAUCCUGGUAUUAUGUUAUUUUAAUUAAAAGUUUAUUUAAAGGUGCUCAAACUUUGUGUAAACAAAUGUAAUUGUUAACUCCCAUGUUAUUUUAUUUCCAUAUAUAGUCGAACCCGCUUAUUAGAGUACCGGUUUAUGGAAUAUAAAUUCGAGGUCCCGAAACGUUUCCAUUUACCCUUUAAUAAAUUUAUCCGUUUAUUGAAAUAUUGUUUAGUAAACUAAUACCGCUUAAUAGAAUAAUUUUUUCAGGUCAACGAAUAAAUUUUUACUACAAUUUCCUAAAAAUUAAAAUUUGCCUGGUAUAAUGGUGUGUCGGUAAGAGCUUCGAAAGCCUGCUGUUUUGAAUAUUAUUACGGUUUGUCAGGUACUUAAUAAACACUUUAUUACUGUGUUAUGAGUAAACGCUCCUUUCCCAUAGAAAAUUCAAAAGGUCAUAAAAUAAUUUCAUUUGUCUACAAAUUUCUAUAGGUACAUAUUGCCACCCACUUGGCUGUUCUUAGAAACAGUUGAUUUUAGAAUUCCAGCAGAGAUUACUUGUUUGCAAGAAGUGCGACUUCUUCGAAUUCAUGACAUUAAAUUCGAAAAGAAUCGAUCUUACCUUAAAAGAAAAAAUUAAGGUAAUUAAUUAAUUAGAAUUAGAAUUCCACCAGUAAUUAGAAUUCCACCAGAGAUUACUUGUUUGCAAGAAGUGCGACUUCUUCGAAUUCAUGACAUUGAAUUCGAAAAGAAUCGAUCUUACCUUAAAAGAAAAAAUUAAGGUAAUUGAAUACGCGAAACGAUCUAAGUGCAGUCAACCCGAAAUUGCUAAAAAGUUUGAAAUUUCACAAGCUCAGGUGAGCAAACUUUUCAAAAAUUAAGACAGUUUUAUCAACGAUUGGCGAGCUAAUGCAAAAUUAAGCCAAUAACGAAAACGUUGUAUCUACCGCUGUAUCUAACGCCAAAAACGAUGUAUCUACCGCAAACACAUGGAUAACAGAUGUGUUACCUUCAUUAAUUACAAAUUAUGAACCAGCGUGCGUGUACAAUUGUGAUGAAACUGCGCUUUAUUAUCGAGCAACUCCAGACGCCACCUAUUGUUUCCCAGGGGACAAAGCUGUAGGCGGAAAAGUAACAAAGGACAGACUGAUGAUUAUGUGUUGUGCCAAUUCUGAUGGAAGCCAUAAAUUCCACUUUUUAUUAUUGGAAAAUCAAAAAGUCCAAGGUGUUUUAAAUCUGUAAAAUCAUUUCCCGUAAAAUACACUUUUAAUAAAAAUGCUUGGAUGACAACAAUCCUGUUUAGGAAUGGUUGAUUGACUUCGACAAGAAAAUGCCGGAAAAAAAUAGAAAUGCUCUUUUAUUUGUUGAUAAGGAGGUUGUGAGGUUUUUGCUAUAAAAUUAAAAUAUACUUACUAAUCAUAAUAAUAAAGUUUUAUGUUCAUAAUGGGCAAGUUAUCAGACUACCCUUCUUCUAGAAAUACCCUCUCCGGUCGUUUUAAAAAAAAUUGUCUUCACAAAAACACUCAAAUAUUACGAAAUAUAUAAUUCACAGCAACUAUCUAAAUAUUUAUAAAACUGAGAUACACCAUAAAAUGACUAACAACUAAACGAAUAUCAAACCGAAUGAAUUAAUGGCACAGGACCUCGAUUUUUGACACUUCGCUUCGUUAUCGAACGUAUUCGCUUCGUAUCUGUUUAGUGUACAGAUGCGAAUGAUCGAUAACGAAGCGAAGGGUCAAAUAUCGAGAUCCAGACCUUGAACAUUUUUAACUUUAUGACGUCAUGAUCAAUGGGGCGCGUUUUGGACAGACUGCUGUAAUUUGAAAUUUGUCUUGAUUUUAAUCGUUUUUCGUAGCCAAACGAAAGACAAAAACAACUUCUUUGAUAUAAUAUUUUAAAUUAUGUUCUGUGGUGAUUUAUAGUAUUAUUUCGAAUUUAAAAUUUUAUGCAAGUUCCCUAUUAAUAAAAAAUCCAGAUGCAACAAUAAAAAAAGGUUCACAACAAUCUCAUCAAUAAUUUUUGUGGGCUAAACUGUUUCUGCAGGAUGUAUUGUGAUAUCUUAAUAUUUUCAGAUUUUAAUAUACAGUAAACUCCACGCUACUAGAUGCAUGGGUAGAUACCUAAUUGCUAUACUUAUGGGCUAAUCCGGUCCGUUCUCAGAUGUGACUUUCAUCUCUGUCAAGAAAGUAUUCAAAACAAUUUAUUGUUUUUCCUUACAAAAAUUACAUUAAUUAAUAGUAUUGUUACUCUGCUUUAAAAUAACUUUAUUCAAACACCAAGAAUAUUGCAAUACUUUAAAACUUUUACAACUUCAACAAAAUGACAACUAUAAGCGCUAAAUACGGCUGAUCUAUUAGUUGUCAACUUUCUCUGUUAAUAUUCAGUUUCUUUGCAUUUUCUGACGUUCUAAACGUCACUAGAAAUAAAAAUAAACAUUGCAACGAGUGAAGGGUCCAGAACUGUAAUAGCUCAAUGUUUCUAUGUGUCUAGUAGGGUGGCGGUUACGGUAUGUUCUAAAUUAAGUUGAUAUUUUUAAAUUAUACUUUCCCUUUCAACUUCCGAUAUCGAUAUUAAGGUUAAUAGUUAGAUAUGAUGGCUAAGAGGCAAAAAAGUGUAUGUGAUAAAACUUUUAAAGAAUUUUAUGUUGUUGUGAUAUAAAUGCAAUUUUCGUUUAUACGUAAGAAUAAAAAAGUAACAGAUGUAGGUGAUAAGUUUCGGACAACUGUCACUUUUUGCGGACGUGUAAAAUUAAAGUAUUAUUAUAUUUUUAAUCACAAAAUGUAGGUAAAUAUUUUCAUAGUGAUAUAUUGAAACAAAAAUAUUUUGGCUGUAUGUUUUUAAAAAAAUAUUUUUAUAAUGGGUAUUUUAUAUAAUUAUGGAUAAUUUUAUACAUGAGUACAGGUUGACAGAAAGAUCUGAAACUGCCAAGGUCAGACAGAUCUAAAACUUUGGUUAUGUAUUUCGUACACAAUAAUUAUUUUAAAUGGAUGCUUACUAUUUGCACAAACGCGUUCAACUGAAGUCCCGUCUCAUUGAUUUACUAUCUGAGUUAACAUCGAUAUAUAAGCUUUAUUAGCUCGAGUUUACAGCUUACUUGAAUAGCUAUCGACACUGACCAUUUAUUGUUGACACUAAAUUUCAAGUUAAAAUAAUUCAAAAUGUAAAAAAAUUUUAAAAAUUAAAAAAAUUUCAAAAAGUAAAAAAAUUCAAAUGGAAAAAUAUUCAACAAUUUAAAAAAAUUUCAAGUUAAAUUUUUUUUUCUGAAAAAUGGCUUUGGCAGAACCAAUUAGCCAGACUUGUUUGUGAUUGAUUGCAGAUUCAUAGUCAUAAAUUUCUUAUUUCAUAACAUAACUACUACAAUAAAAAAUUAAAAGUUAAUUAAGUUAAAAAAUUAAAGACGUAAAAAAAUUUCAAAAAGUAAAAAAAAAAUCAAGAGAUAAAAAAUUUUACUUGGUUAUAGGUCGCUAAUUGAAUACUUUGGUAUAUACUUUGAUAGCUUAUUUUAAUAGCAAUCGACACUGACUACUUAUUACCGACACUAAAAAUUACCGUCAAAAAAAUAUUCAAAAUGUAAAAAAAAUCAAAAUGUAAAAAAAAAUUAACCAAAAAAAUUUUAAUAAGUAAAAAAAUUUCAAGAAGUAAAAAAUUUCAAAAAGUUAAAAAAUUGCAAAAAUUAAAAGAAUUUCAAAAAUUGCCAGGGCGGUCCGAUAAGUACGGUAUGCGCCAAAACAAAGGACACUGAAAUCAGGAAGCCUGUGAAAUAUAAUCGCGUCAUUGUAUGAAACAAGUGACAAUAGUUGUCAUGGUAUUUUUAAACAUUGUUUAUUCUAACAAACUGUCAAAAAGAUUCGAAAUGGUGCUUACAACGCAAGAAAAAAUAUUUAUUAUUGAGUAUUAUUUCCUCUCAUACGGGAAUGGACGAUCAAAUGGACCUAGUUUGUUAAUGGUUGCCAAUCGCUUUAGGGAAGAGUUUCAGAAGCCUGCACCGACUAAUAAGAACUUUUCGAGUCGUUGCAAAAUUUCGACGAACAGGAAGAGUUCUAACUCAACGCAAAAGCUGUACUGGUCGUCCAGUUACCGUGACAACAAAUGCGAAUCAAGGAAGGCUAUUUCAACAGGUGUUAGGAUCACCAAAAAGAAGUCUCCGCAGAACAUCUCUAAAAAUGAAUUUGAGUGAAACGUUUACCCGAAGAAUGUUUAAGAAGAUUGGUGGUUUUCCCUAUAAAAUACAGAUUGGGCAACACUUGACAAGACAAAACAAGAAAUGAAGAGUUGUUUAUUGUACUUCAGUCUUGGCAAUGGUUUAUGAACAACCCCUUUUUUUUUCUGUGUGGUUUACAGACGAAUGUCACAUCCAUCUGAAUGGAUUUAUCAAUCGAUAGACUAAAAAUGAAUUUGAGUGAAACGUCUACCCAAAGAAUGUUUAAGAAGAUUGGUGGUUUUCCAUAUAAAAUACAGAUUGGGCAACACUUGACAAGACAAGACAAGAAAUCAAGAGUUGUUUAUUGUGCUUCAGUCUUGGCAAUGGUUUAUGAACAACCCGUUUUUUUUUUCUGUGUGGUUUACAGACGAAUGUCACAUCCAUCUGAAUGGAUUUAUCAAUCGACAGACAAAUCGUUUUCUUGGUUUUGAACGACCAGAGAUCAUCGUAGAGAAACCUCUUCAUAGUGACCGUGUAACGAUUUGGUGCGCAGUGUCAGGUAAUGGAUUAUUGGACCCGUACUUCGUGGAAGACGAGCGUAGAAGACCCGUUACACUAAAUCAAGUGCGAUAUAGAGAACAAAUUUUGACACCUUUUUUAUUGAUCUCAGACAAUUCUGUCGUGCCAGAAACAUACAGUUGAAUACCCAGUGGUUCCAACAGGAUGGGGCUACUAGUCAUACCACGAGAGCAUCCUUAGAUCUGAUUCGAGAAAAUUUUGAAGUCCGCUUAAUUUCCCGUAACACGAAUUUUCCUUACCCUUCUCAUUCUAGUCCUGUUGCGAGUGGGGGUACAACGGCCUCCUUAAUUCAGAUGAACUUACCCAAGUUUUUUUUAUGUAUUUUGACCCGUAGAACACGAAUUUUUUGGGUAACAGUCGAUCCGGAUGUCGAUAAGAUUGUUAUAAACCAAGAAGUUGAGGAAUCGCAUAACAGCGAUUUUUCGCAAAACAAAACAUUGUUUUGUAUUUUUUGGGUCAUUCUAAGCAAAAAAUGUUUUUAUUUACAAGUCUUUUCGUAGGAUGCAUAGUUUUCGACAUAAAUGCGGUUGAACUUUCAAAAAAUUGAAAAAUUACAAUUUUUGAACCCGAAUAACUUUUGAUUGAAAAAUAAAAUAGCAAUUUUGCUUACCGCAUUUGAAAGUUCAAGUCAAAUUCAAUCGGUUUUGAUUACUUUCAUUGCUAGAAAUUAAUUUUUUUUUAUUGUUAAACAAAGAUAUAAACACAUAGUGAUUGAAUGAUGUUUUCAGUGCAUUUCCCAUUUGAAAUCGAACGAGUAGGCGCGCAUACAGACCAUUUUUUCUACGUAGACGUAGAUUACGUACCUACAUUAAAACGCAUGCAUUGGGCACGGGAAACACUAUGUGUUUAUGGCUUUGUUUAACAAAUAAAAACUUAAUUUUUAGCAAUGCAAAUAAUCAAAACCGAUAGAAUUUGACUUGAACUCUCAAAUUCAGUAAGCAGAAUUGCUAUUUUAUUUUUUAAUCAAAAGUUAUUUGGGUUCAAAAAUUGCACUUUUUCGAUUUUUUGAAAGUUCAACCGCGUUUAUCUCUAAAACUAUGCAUCUUACGAAAAAACUUGUAAGACCAUUUUUUGCUGAGAAUCACCCAAAAAAUACAAAAAAAAUGUUUUGUCUUGCGAAAAAUCGCCGUUAUGUAAUUCCUCAAGUUCUUUGUUUAUAACAAACUUAUCGACAUCCGGAUCAACUGUUACCCAAGAAAUUCGUGUUCUACGGGUCAAAAUACAUAAAAAAACUUGGGUAAGUCCAUCUGAAUUAAGGAGGUCGUUGUACCCCCCUGGCCACAGGACUAUUCACCUGAUCUAACAACUCUUAAUGCUUACGUAUGGGGUAUGCUGAAAGAAGCCGUUUUUACAGAAAACCCACCGGCAACUGUUGAUGAACUCCGUGAAAAAAUUUUGACCUUUUUCAGAAGAAUGCAGCAGCCUAUUUUUAAUAACAUGCUAAGCAAUCUUAAGCGUUAUGAGUACUGCUUGGAACGCAAUGGCGAGCACUUUGAACACAUUUUGUAUAAAAGUAAAACUUAAAAUUCGCAUUAUUUGAAAUGUUGUUAUUUAAUUUUUCAUGUUUAAUAAAGCUUUAGUUUUUCAGUGUCGUUUGUUUUGGCGCAUUGUACUUAGCCUCCGAAAGACAAACGAAAAUUUUGGAAAAGUGGUGAUUUAGUUCUGAACGUAGUCUCCUUUUAGCUGAAGAUACUUGACGCAGCAUUGCAUCGACUUCGUUAACCCGUCUGAAAAAGACGUUUUCUUGAGGUCUUCAAAACUGGCUUCCAUAGCGGUGAUAAACUACGCAUUCGACAUAUAUUUCUGCCCGUCGAGUUCCUUUUUCAAGUUUGGAAACAAAAGGAAGUCAUACAGUGCCGAAUCUGGAGAAUACGGUGGAUGAGAUAGAAGGUCGUAGCCACAUUCGACCAGUUUGGCCAUGGCGAUGGUGGAGGUGUGAGCCGGGGCGUUGUCAUGGUGGAAGAGUACUUUUUUCUUCCCAAUCAGGGCUGUUUUUUCUGCAAUUCGGUGUCGAAUCGGCCCAAUAAUGCGGCGGCGUAUUAAAGCCCUGUGACCGUUUUGCCUUUUUCCAAGAAGUUGAUAUAAAUCACACAUUGUUAAUCCCAGGAUACACAUACCGAUAGGACAAUCUUAGCAUUUUUCGAGCACGUUCGCGGGGUGAGGUUCACUGUAUGGACUAUUCCUUGGUCUCUAGUGACUACCGGUAGAGCCAUGUUUCGUCGAGCGACUACGAACUCCCCCACACUAGCUAGAUUUUAAUGAGUUCAGUUUUAUAGUAGAAUUAAAAGCGACUACGAACUGUCCCAUGCUACCUAGGCACUUAGAUAAUAUUUUUGUGAACAUAUAUAGUUUUUAUUUUACUUUACUGUAUUCAAAAAGGAACCCAAUUCCCAAAGCAUGAGCGAAAAUUUUAAAUGAUUAAAUAAUUAAACUAUAACAAUAUAAUCGAAUAAAGUUUAUUUAUAAAUCUACAUUAACUUAUAUACAAUAACAAAAACUACAGUUAAACAAUAAUGCUUAAUUCUAAUGUCUGAUUAGUGAUUAAAAUAAGUAAGAGUGAACACUAUAUUUUAGAUUUUAAAAGUUAGCUGCAUAAUAAUUGCAAACUGACUUAAUGAAGUCUAAUUUAGUAAUAUUUUGAUUAACGUAAUAUUCAUUUAGCCUAUUUUCAAUAAAAUCAACUUUUCUUUUUGCCGUUUUAUUAAUUUUAUUUUUCGAAUCUAUGUGCAGUUCUAAUUUUCACAUAUACUUCUGCUUGAAAAUUUAACAAAAUGUCUGUAAAUUUAAAUAUGUCAGAUGUGAUUUAUAAAAACAUUCGUUAAAUUUCGAGUGAAAUGAUUCACAUGCGUUUGUAGUAAAUAUAAGAGAUGAUGAAUUUGAAGCUCACAUGUAAGGUGGAAAUGUUGAAUCUUCCGUUAAAUAAUUAUCAACUAGGUAAUCACAAAAUUGCAAAACUCUGUCAUCCUCUGGCAUAAUAUUAAAAAGUUCAUCAGAAAAAAGGUGUAAAUAUUUUCCAAUGACAGUUUGAUUUUUAUAUUCCGAGGACAAAUCUAAAUUUUGAAUCUUUCGGUACCAAUUUUGUGUUAAAUGAAAUUUGCAACAAAAAAUAAUAAUGUCGGGCCACACUAACUUGGCUGCAUUUUGAAUUGCUAUUUCAAAAUCAGAAAUUAUUCGCUUCGGUUUGAAAUUUAAAUUCAAAUCUGUACAUAUUGUUAUUAAUGUAUCAAAAGUACUUUUGUACGAUUGCUGUGAUUUAUUUGGUAACAAACAAAAUACUAGAGAAACAUAAAAACCAUUUUUGUAGCCAUGCAUAGUAAACAUCUGACAAAAAUAUUUAGAGCAGUAUUGAAAAGUUCCAUCUAUACACAAAGAAUCUACAUUACACAAAAAGUAAAAAUUUGUGAAACAACUAAAAAUUGCGGAAUUAUUUUUCGUAGAUAAUAAAAAGUUUUCACCUGUAUUUGUUUUUAAAUUUAAGUUCACUAACACUUGUAGAACUUCUUCCUGUGACUUGGGCAAUGAUGGUGUGGAUUUUCGUCAUGCAGCGUAGAUAUUUCUUCGAACGCAAGAAAUAUCUUUCGUCGUCAGCGGUAAAUUGCUGAAAUUUUCCUUCCUCAAUUCCGUGUGGACAAUAUUUAAAGGUCUUUCACAUAUAUCUUCUACAGCUUUCCUCUUUGUAGAAUUACUAAAAAUUUGCCGGUCAACGUGGAUAUCUGGAGCAUAAUUAUGCUCCACCGAUGCUUUUUCAAGAAUAACGUUUCAUCACCUUUUCAUCACACUUUCAUCACGUUUCAUCACACUUUUUGUUGACACCUUUUUUUGAUGCAUCGCCAUCUAACUUUUCCAUCUUUGGAGACAUGGGCCUUUGAAUAUUUAUAUUCAUUAAUAAUUAAUAGCAGUUCUCCCCUUUGAGUAAACGUAGUCGUUGGAUUCGCCAUUUAAAAGUUAAACACUAACGGACAAAACCGGGCACUAUACCGUAAUACUUGCAACUGAAGUGAAUAACUGAAAAUAUUUAUAUUCUUACUUUCAACUAUAAUCAAAUUUGGAAUUUCCGGUCAUUAAGACUUAAUCCCCAACUUUCUCGGCGAUGGGGCAGCAGGUACUUGGGAUUAAUGGGCCCAGGUAGUUCGUGAGGCAGUUAGAUAAAGCCGGUUUCGUCUACGGUUAUAAAGCAACUCCUUUGGAUUACGCUUAAACAACCGCAGACAUUGCUCUGAUGUGGUCUCAUGGUUGCGCUUGUUGGCGUGAGAAAACGCGGCACCCAUCGCGCUGGCAGCUUUCUCAUGCCCAAAAUUUCCUGCAGAAUAUGACACACGCGACUUUUUGAGAUACCUACUGUUUCAGCUAUGUCCUUUAGUCGGCGGUCUACCAAUAUGAGAUCGUGAAUUUCUUUCACCUUAUCUUCCGUGGUAGCCGUUUUCGUGGUACCUGCGCGUGACAUCAAAAAUUGACCUGGAUUGCGUUGAAACCUGUUAACUCAAUUUUUGUUGAUCGCCUUCAAAGGUGAACAGUCACCGUACACAGCAUUCAAGCGCUCUUUGAAUUCACUGCGCAAUUUCUAAAACAAUAUCGCAAAACAAAACUGACUUGGCUGGGGUUUUGACAUAGAUCGUGUACAAGAACAUAUUAUACGAUAAUACACUAAGCAUGAAAAUUAACGCACCACCUUAAAAAUGGAACAUUUUGGAUCUCUCGUAUUUCGUAAACUUGUUGUCCGAUUUUAGUGAUUUUUUUAAUAUGUUAUAGCUUUAUUCUUCAAGAAUAUCGAUGUAAUAAUAUUGUUGCUAAACAGAUAAGUGUCAUUGUAUACCGGGUGUAACAAUAAUAGUGUGUUUUUGCCUCAAAGUUUGGAACGCCCGGGCGCGCCCUGUGAAAUAUUCUAGCGUAUAUAAAAUAUUGAAAUUAGAACUCAACUGUAGCCUUAGGCUUUUUUCACAUCUUGCUUUUUGAUUCAUUCGCUUAUAUUGAAUAAUAAAAAAGUUAGGUACUUUAACAACUAGCAACGUUCUUCAUCAAUACAGAGUAUUUCUAAAUAAGUUUUCUUCAAACUUUAAGGGGUAAUUCUGCAUGAAAAAUAAUGGCCGUUUGUUUUAUAAACAUAUGUCCGCAAAUGCUUCGUUUCCGAGAUACGGGAUGUUGAAUUUUUUUACAAACUGACGAUUUAUUUAUUGCUCUAAAACCGGUUGAGAUAUCCAAAUGAAAUUUAGUAAAUUUUAAGAGGUAGUUAUUGCGCCACGUGAUGCGGAACGAAGAAAAAUAUCGAGUUCUUCAACUCGUCAUGCAGGGCAAAGUAUUUGGCAGGAGAGGACCGGGACGCCGUCGUAUCUCGUGGUUGAAAAACCUCCGAGCGGAGCUGUUUCGCAGAGCAGACAACAAAACAAUGAUAGCCUUGAUGAUCGCCAACAUCAGGACCGGAUAAGGCACUGAAGAAGAAGUUAUUGCGCAUUUAUUGACAUACAAUUAAGAAUUUUAUAUUCACCAUUGGCGUGCAUUCGGGUCAUAUUACCCGUAUGCACGCCAAUGGUGAAUAUAAAAUUCUUAAUUGUGUGCCAAAAAAUGCGCAAUAACUACCUCUUAAAACUUACUAAAUUUCAUUUGCAUUUCUUAACCGGUUUUAGAGCAAUAAAUAAACCGUCAGUUUGUAAGAAAAAAUUCAACAUCCCGUAUCUCGGAAACGAAGCAUUUGCGGACAUAUGUUUAUAAAACAAACGGCCAUUAUUUUUUCAUGCAGAAUUACCCCUUAAAGUUUGUCGCACUUGUUUAGAAACACCCUGUAUUGAUGAAGAACGUUGCUAGUUGUUAAAGUACUAAGUUUUUUAUUAUCCAACAUAAGCAAAUGAAUCAAAAAGCAAGAUGUUAAGAAAGCAUAAGGCUGGUUGAGUUUUAAUUUCAAUAUUUUAUAUACGCUAGAAUAAUCCACAGGGUGUUCCAAACUUUGAGGAAAAAACACACUAUCAUUGUUACACCCGGUAUACAAUGACACUUAUUUGUUUAGCAACAAUAUUAUUGCAUCGAUAUUCUUGAAGAAUACAGCUAUAACAUAUUAAAAAAAUCACUAAAAUCGGACAACAGGUUUAGGAAAUACGAGAGAUCAAAGAUGUCCCAUUUUUAAGGUGGGGCGUUAAUUUUGAUGCUUAGUGUAUAUUAUGUCUCUUGCGAUAGUGACGCCAUAGGGCGGAGAGGCUAAGUACUUAUCAGACCACCAAAGUAAAAGAAUUUCAAGUUAAAAAAUUUGAAGACGUAAAAAAAUUUUAAGAGGUAAAACAUUUUACCUCGUUAUAGGUACUUUGGUAUAGGUAAAAUUGAAUACGUUGGUAUAUUAUUGAUUGAACAAAAUUGAUUUUUUAGUCAGACUCUGAAAGUAUUAAUAAUAUAAUUUAUCAGUCAUUGUGCUUUUACAGCUGUAAACUCUAAAUAUUCACGAAUGUAAUAUCAAAUAUAGAAAUGUUCAUAGAUAAAUAUUAAUGAAGGUAAUUAAAUUGAAUGUAUAGGUACUUAUAAUGUAUGUUAUUCAUAUAAAAUCAGAUCAAUUAAUAUAAUUAAUACUUCCAUUUUUCACGUCAUUUCAAAGGUUUCUUAAAUAAAUUAUUGUUAUUAUCUC